AUUAAAAUUAUUUGACUUAUUUUGCACAAGUUAGCUGACAAGGACAUUUGGAAUCGGGGUUUAGCCUAGGAAGGGAAAAACCCUGGUAGUGCUGCUGCUAUCCCUUCAUCACCAUUCUUGGAGCUGAAUCAAUUCUAUUCAAUGACUCAGCAUACGGUGGAAUUUGAAGAGUGUAGUGCUGAUAGACCCGCUAAGAUAUCCAAAAUCGAGCAUCCUAUUCCUAUUGACGGCGACGAAGAAGAAGGGAUGAGCCAAAAGCAAAGGAUCCAACGCUAUCUGUUAGCAAUCGAGUAUAUUGGAACUCGCUUCUCUGGUUCACAGAAGCAGCUCACUUGCCGUACUGUCGUCGGUGUUCUUGAGGAAGCUUUCUGUAAAUUUCUCUCCCAACCAGUCUCUGUCACUUGUUCAAGUCGAACUGAUGCUGGAGUGCAUGCCUUGUCUAAUGUUUGUCAUGUAGACAUUCAACGGAUCAGCAAAAGAAGGCCUGGCGAACUGUUAACACCUCAUGAACCUUCUGUGGUUCGAAAGGCUGUCAACCAUUUCUUACAGAAGCAUGACAAUGACUUAAUGGUUAUUGAUGUUCGAUGUGUACCAUCAGACUUUCAUGCCAGAUAUAAAGCACAAGAGCGCACAUACUUCUAUCGCUUGCUGUCUGGGCCAGAGCCUUUGUCAGCCUUUGAGAAAGAACGAGCAUGGCAUGUACCUGAGGACCUUAAUCUUUCAGCUAUGCAGGAAGCAUGCAGGGUUCUUGUUGGGUGCCAUGAUUUUAGUUCCUUCAGGGCAGCUGGUUGUCAGGCAAAAUCACCAAUUAGAACUUUAGAUGAACUCAGUGUCAGUGAGGUAAUACCAAGUCCAAAUUUUCCGUCUUUAAUGGAUAGAGAACGCCAAAAUAAAGUCAGUGGUGAUCCUCAAGGCUGCCACAGAAAAUCUGAAGCUGACAUUCCACUAACGGUAACUAGUGAAGAUGUAGGAUUUGGUAAAAGAAGGCAACAUCGUUGCUUAGUGGUAACAGCUCGUGCACGUUCUUUUCUUUACCAUCAGGUUAGGCUUCUUGUUGGUGUUCUUAAAGCUGUCGGCACAGGAAACUUGACAAUUCCAGACGUUGAAAGAAUUCUGAAUGCGAAGACGGUUACAGCCACAAGUCCAAUGGCUCCCGCAUGUGGUCUCUACCUGGGAGAAGUGAAAUAUGAUCUACCAAGUUCGUAGACAUUGAGUCUUGAAGAAACGCCAUGGACUCAAUUAUAGAAGCUAUAGGUAAAUUAAUGGACCUGGAUUCGUCAAUGUUCAGAUUAUCCUUUGGGAACGUCCAUCUUUGUCUUUUUCGUCCUAAGCCGUAAGUUGGAUAUCCCCUUUUUUGAGGCAAGGAUGUAAGACUGAGUUUCAUAUAUGCAGGUAGAGCUUCAAGAUUUAAAAGCAAAAUAGUGAGUUAGUAUUGACCUAAUCAAGACAUUAGCUUUCCGUUCCAAAUUAAGAGACUGUCUGUUAUCAGAUGCUAGGGAAGCUAUUGUAAUUUGAUGUAUUUUCCAUUUUUAAGCCAAGCUAGUUAAACAAUAUGUUUCAUUUAGAAAUCAAAAUAUAAAUGAAAAACUCUGGUGCUGAGAGUUAGUAUCGAUAAGAGAUUUCAGUA